AUGCGUCUUCAACACUGUUGUUACGUACAGUCAGUUGGUAAAAUCCCUAAUUAUCAAAAGAAGUCAUUAUCGAGAGAUUUUCAAUCGGAAAAUGUUGAAAAACACGUUGAAUCGGUUAUUUUGUAUCAAAAUGUCACUCAACUUCUCAAGAAACGUGAAGAAUAUACUGUUAUUGAAGACGAUUUCGGACCAACACUUACUCAAAUGUUGACUAAUGGAAAGAAACCAUCAUUUACGAAUUUAGUUGAAGCGUGUAGAAAAUUCGAUGAAGACGGCUUUAUUCAACUACAUCUUGCGACAAUUGAAACAUCUCAUCGUCACUUUCUGCAAAAACAUAUUAAUGAAGAUGAUGCUAAAGCAUAUGCAUUUGCCAUUGCAUUUUAUACAGGUGCAUAUAGUGAGAUGCUCAGUUUAAAUGCUAAUAUCUUCGCUCGUCGAUGGCAAAGAAACAAAGCAACAAAUGCAGAAAAUGUACAAGUUGAUGAUAAUGCUGCAAUGAUUAUGUAUUAUCUUAUAAAAGGUCUUUCACAUAUUAAUUUCUAUUGGGGUCGAGUCGUUCGAUAUGUCAAGUUGAGUGAGAAAGAUCUUAAAGAUUAUCGACCUGGAGAAGUAAUAACAUGGCUUCAAUUUAGUAGUUCUGAUAAAGGUGAUGAUAAAAAUGCCAAACAUCUUCAAUAUUUCAAAGAACGUAAUACCAAAUUUAUUAUUUAUUCAUUGACUGGUCGAAGCAUACGAGACUUCUCAAAUUGUUCUCAAGAUGAAGAUGAAGUUCUUUUCUUACCUCAUUCAACAUUUCUUGUAUGCCAUAUAGAAUACAUAGAUGGAAAACACAUUAUUUAUAUGAGACAGAUCGAACUUGGUCUUUGCAAAUAUGUUGUAUUAUGGGUUGAUGAUCAUAUAUUUGAUGAAUGGUGGGAGAACAAAGGACAUAUGGAAAAAGCAAGUACCCUUGGUACUCAAGUCAAUGUUCAUUUUAUUCCAAAGUCAACCACUGAAGUUGCACUUGCCUUUCUUCGAUCGGAAUUUGGAAAACGAUUAAAACAUAGUAAUACUUUCCGGAUUGUCACCGAUAUGAAUCGAGAUAAUGAGAGUUCAUCAAAUGAUGCUGGUGUUCGUCUUAUAUCAGAAGUGCGAAAGCUUGGCUUCAAUCAGAAAUGUCUUAUAUUUACUGGCAACGCAUCAGAAGGACUUAUAAAAUUAACUAAAGUUUUUCAAGAAAAUAAAUUGAAUGAUAUUAAAAUAACCCAAGAUCCAGAAGAUCUCGAACAAUUCGUCCUUUUCAAAUGA